ACAAUGAACAGUUUCUUAGACUACUCGGUGAUGAACGGAGAAGGUGGUUCAUGCUCCAUCAGGGCUUUCCACUCGGACCACGGGAUUACAACUUUCCAGUCCUGCGGGUCUGCUGUCAACAGCUGCGGGGUGGAUGAGCACUUUAUGGCAAACAGGACCUCGCCUGACAGCAUCCCCCAUCAGCCGGGGUCUUACCAGUCUACUGCAAACACUUUGGGUAUCUCCUACGGUGCCCACACGGCCUGCAGCUCAACUUAUGGGCCACAAGGUUUUUGUGGCACGUACAACCACUAUACGCUGAACCAGGAAGUUGACUCUGGAGCUGCGUUCCCUCAAUGCGGUCCACUGAUUUUUUCGGGUAACCUAUCCUCUUCUAUGGUCUCUCAGCAUCGCCACGGUUACAGUGCCACCCCUCUGGGCCAGCUGCAGUAUACCCACUCCGCCUAUGGAGGCGGACACGAGCAGGGACCCCCUUACCAUGGGGCUUCAAACCCAAUGUCACCUCUGCAUGCAGCUCAUCUGGAGGCUUGCUGCUCACCUUUAUCAGAGGGCGUCUCUGCUCAGACUUUCGACUGGAUGAAGGUCAAGAGGAAUCCACCAAAAACAGUGAGAUCCGGAGAAUAUGGUUACGGAAGUCAGGCGAACACGGUCCGGACCAACUUUACUACCAAACAGCUCACAGAACUGGAAAAGGAGUUCCACUUCAACAAGUACCUGACCCGCGCCCGCCGCGUGGAGAUCGCGGCUGCGCUGCAGCUGAAUGAGACUCAGGUCAAAAUCUGGUUUCAGAAUCGGAGGAUGAAGCAGAAAAAACGUGAGAAGGAGGGUCUGCUGCCGGCGAAAGUUCCAACCGCAGAACCAGAAGAGAUCAUCCCAGAGAAAAUGGACGAUGCAGCAUCUGAAAGAUCAAGCUCAUCUUCACGAACCACUCCCUCCCCCUCAUCCUCCACAGUGUCCUCCACUGGCACUGACACCUACACCAACUGAGGACCAACCAUUACCUCCUCAGAUCAUGUUAUCCUUUAUACCAAAGUUAAAAUGUGUUUUUGGAUGAUGUUUGUGUGGAACUUUAUAACAAUUUAAGACAUUUCCGAAUAGUAAAGGUUUUAGAGUUGUUGCAUAUUCUUAAAAGUGUCUCCACAAAGCACCAUUGUCCAAUUAUGCUUAUUUGGUCUGAAAAUGUGGCAUCCGAUUCGUAAAACUAAGCGGAGAGACUUCAACCCAAUACAAUAAACCUUGACCUAGUGCUACUGUAUUCCUAUUUAAAGUGACAAAUCUGCACACACAGAUACCCCGAAAAUGUGCCAAAGUUGUGCGCCAUCGGCCACGGGGGUUGCUGUUAAUGGGGCAUCACGCAAUCAACCAGAUGACCUCGUUUAUUUAUCGUUAGUGAAUAAAUAGUUACAGUAGCUGUUAAAUCGCUGUUACUCCUGUCUUUUAAUUUAUAUGUGCGCUUGUUGACUGUUUGAAUGUACUGUUCAGGAUUUGCAUGGUGCGUAAAACCUUCAUGUGUCACCAGCGAGGCGCUGAGUUUUAUCAGUUGUAGAGCCGGUCCUUCAGGGCUGUGAAAGGUUUUUAUCAGCGAUUCUAAUUAACCAAAUGGGACGAAUGUAAAGUGCUUUCUCCUAAGAUGCGGUUACGGGUCAAUCAUGUGUAUUAAAAAGUGCGUUUUAAGAAUAAAUCUUUUAUUCUUUGUAUUUUUCUUUAUGUGGGGGAGAUCUUGGGAAUGGUGUAGAGAAAACUUUAACCCUAUGACCUAAAGCAAAUAUCGAAUCAAUGUAUUUCUAAAUAAUAACACAAAAGGAUAGAAGAGAAAUAAUAAAAUA